AUGUAUAGUAGGUCCUUUAUCAUAGCCAAUGCUUGUACGAAUACCAUAAUGAAGAAAUCAGCUAAUGAUUCGUAUACAAAUGAUGUUCAGAUCCUACCGAGAAAGUCAUCGUCGAGAUCGUUACAAUCGUUGCCGUCAGCACAGGUACUCCAACCACUCCAACCACUCCAACCUGUACAUCAUCAACAACCCAUUUCAUCACGAUCCAACGCCAACUUUAGCUCCAGCUCCAACUUUGAGUCGCUGUCAAAAGUAGCCCAAAAUUCAAAAUUCAUUCCCCUUCAACAAGUACCGCAGCCAGCUGUAAAACCAGACCAGGAUAGAAGCACAAGCACAGCUUUGCCAUACCUUGAUAUUCCGCUUCAUCCACUUGAUAGAGAUGCAAAAAACCGAGAUAAAAAAUCGAGAAAUGGCAAAGUGUCAGAUACGCCAACAACAACAACAACAACCACCAAGCAAUUUCUACCAGAAUUAUCUCGAAAAAGAAGUGCCACUAUGCCGGUAUUUUCCCAUUUUGAACUGAUGAGAAAAUCACCCUCGGCAACCCUAAUUAGCCCUAUUACGUCGUCUAACUCGUCACUGAAAUCAGUGGAAUCGCUUCAUCCAGAGAGUCCAACAUGGCUACUAAGUGAUUUGUUGUCGAAUCUAAGCUCUCUUCGGGAUAAGGAUGAGUUUUCAAUAGUUCAGAUUUCAAAUGAUUUAGUCCAGCUUUUUCAAGCAUACCCUAAUUUGAAAGAUGAAGUUCAAAUCAAAACCGUUUUGUUGAGAAUUCAAUUCAUGUUGUACCAUACUGUGUCGGAAGUUCGAUCUUCGUGUUAUAGAAUAUUACGCCAUUUAAUCGUUAAUUAUCACAGUUUGAUCCUACUAGUACAACUGAAGAUUUUGAUUUUCAUUAUUGUGAGCUUAUCAAGUGAUCAGUCAAGGUAUACUUUAACGGAAAUGGAACAAGCUUUGAAAUUGAUAAGAGGAUUUUUGUCUAUUGAGCGAGGGGCAGAUUUAUUAUCCGUUGGAGUAAUCAAAGCGCUCAUUGCUAUUGUUGAAAGUAAUAAUAUCGAUGAUCACCGGAACUCCUCCUACACAACCACCACUUCCAUCUCCUCUUUGACUAACAGUUAUGGAAUUCAUAUUGAACAUAUUCCCGAAGGAUUUAGAAAUGCUUGCUUGGAAACGAUUUGCGAAAUUGCAUUGUUGAAACCAGAAUUGAUAUUCCAUGCUGGGGGGUUUAAACUCAUAAUCAAGUCAAUUAUUGAAAGUCCAUUUGAAAUAUCAUCCACUUGCUUAUUAAUAGUUCUUCGACUUUUAAGCUUUCAAAAUUCAAGAAAGUUCUUGAGAAAUGGAUUUGAUUUGGAUUCAUUAAUUGCAGUAUUCUCAACCGAUGAAUCACCAAAUGAAGCAUCAAAACAAAAUACUCAGUCAACAAACAAGUUCAAAAAAAUCUCAAAUUACAAACUACAAAAGAUUUCGUUUUUGAUCUCUUGCGUGUUGAAAGAUUUCAAUGGGUUAAUGACAUAUUCAAUUAAUGAUUUUACAAGUAUUCGAAAUUUACUUAUCAAUUUAACAAGAAAGAAUUAUCGUGUUCAAAAUUCAAUCCUCGAUCUUUUACUUGACGCACUAAGGAUUCAAGUGUUUCCUUGGCUACAAAACAGUCCCAUUGGAGAAUACUUGACACAAUACAAUGAACGUAAACGAAAACAACAAACACAAAGGAAACAACAAGAAGAAGAAGAAGGUGGUGGUGGUAAUACAGGUUGGCGUAAAUACGAGUUAAAGAAUUUCCCCUUUGAAUAUGCUCAAAUCAAAGAGCCAUUUGCGUUGGAGAUUGUUCGUCAUUAUCAAGGCUUAUUGGCUUAUGUACUUAUCAAGAAUGACAUUUUCAACAAUUUAAUUACAAUUAUUGAGGAGCCAGAAGGAGAUAUAGAUUUGAAGAAAAAAGCAACUUUGUUACUUACCAAGUUGUAUGCAAUGGCGAAUAAUUUACUUCCUGGUGAAUUGGUAAGCUCUCAAAUGCAAUCACUAAACUUAUCAGCCCAUAUUUCCUUUGAACUCGUACGUCUCACGCGACUGAAGUUCAACAGCAAUUUGGGCUAUAAUGUAUUUAUCAGGUCUACUAUCAAACAAAUCAAUGCACAAGCUAACUAUAACAUUGAUGACGAUGAGUUCAAAUCCAUGAUUAACAAUACUAAGAUCUUGGCAAUCAAGGAGUACGAAGAAUGGAAUUGGAACUCGAUUCAAGAUUUCAUCCUGGGGCCAUUAACAAAUCCCAAACGAUUUGAAGAAGUUUUGGAAAAAUCCCCAAAACUAUUGAAAAGGUUAGUAUCGUUUUAUCGGCCUUUUAAAUAUAGAUUUUCCAACAUUUCUAAACUGUCAAAACAUUUUUCCAAAUAUAUCACUACUGGGUGUUUAUUGUUGGAAAUGUUUUUAGGUUCAGAAGUUGGGAUAAAGUAUCUUGCCGGUAGUAAAUUACUACCUCAAGUUUCUGAGACUGUUGCACAAGUUGAUCCGUAUAGUGGAAUAUCUUCCAACGAUCCAAUUUUAGGUAGACGGAGACUCGAAAAUACGGCAUCUCUGGGAUACCUUCGGUUCAUUGGGAUUUUGAGUUCAUCUCCUGAAGGAUUAGAGUUAUUAUCCAAUUGGCAAUUCUUCACUUUAUUAAUGGACAUAGUCAGAUCAACACAUGAUCUGGAGAGUAGGAAUUAUUUUAUUAUAACUUUAUUCAGGUAUAUCGACUUCACCGUUAGCGAAUCUAGGUUUAAGUCAUUACUCAAGAUGAGUUUCAAUUUAUCUAAUUCCAAGAUCAAAUUGCAACUAUUGAAAAACUUGAUUCCACGGUUGUUGAAUGCCAAAGAAUGCGAAUCAUUGUGCAUUGAAAUUUUGGCUAAUAAUUUAUAUGAUUCAAACCAAGAUAUUGUUGUUCGAUCAAUUGAAUAUUUAUUCCAGCACUACCAAGCCAACAAUUUCCAAAGUUUAGAAACAUUACUUCAACAUCGACCAUUGGUACGGACUUUAACCAAAUAUGAAAUGGGACUCAAAUUCUUGGUGCAUUUUUUGACCAAUCCAUCAGGGUUUGCAUAUCUUUUGGAUGAAGGUUUUUUGGAAGAUGCAUUCAAUAAGUGGUUCCACAUAAAGAAAUUCCAUUAUGUUCGAAAGAUUGAUGAGUUGAUCAGACAACAGUUUUACCCCUAUGUUAACUCAAGCAUGGUGAACUUUUCCGACAAGAGUGAACAGCUAGCUGAAGAAGAAAUUGAAAGUUUUGCGUUAUAUUUUUUCAAAUAUUUGUUAUCUACAGAAGACGGAUUAAUGUUUUUUCAACAAGGAAUGGGGAAAGAUUUUCUUGAUCAGCUCAUUUCCUCAAUUGAAAUAAUAUUCAAUCAAAUCAAUAAAGAUGAUGAAUUUUUAGAUAUUGAUAAUCAAGAUGAGAUUCACUCGGAUUUAUUAAACUUACUUAAGCAAGAUUUAUGGAUUAUUGGACAGAUUGGAUCAGGCAAGUAUGGUAUUCAGUUGUUGGACCCGAUGUAUAAUAUAAAUUUGAAAUCAUCAGUCAUUGAACUAAUAAUUGACAAUUUCCACAAUUGCUCACUUUGGGAUGUUCGAGGCUUGUGUUUUUACAUAAUUGGUAUGAUAUCAACCACAGUUGAAGGUAUUGAAAUUUUGGAUGAAUUCGGCUGGUACUCAGUAAUGGAUCAGUAUGGACAAAGUAUGAGUUUGGCCUACCCAAAGUUAAACCCAGACAAAAUUAAACAAAAGGGAGAUGAUAGAGCCAAUUUAUUCAACCUUGAUAUCGUUAAUCCAUAUAGCGAUAACCGAUAUUAUUGCAUUUUCAAUAGUCUUGUGGAGAAAAAUAUUGAAGAGAACAUGUCUCCACUACAGCGUAAGAUUAUUAGUCAUUUACAAAAUUUAGAUGCAAUAUUAUCAAAGAUUGAGUUGAAAUCAGUCCGUGACUUGCUAAAAUUGAAAAAUCAAGAGUAUACCGAUAAUGAUAUAUUCGAUGAUGUUGAUUUGUUCCUUGAAGUGGUUAGACUAAUUGAUAAAGGAACAUUGGCAUUUCAUAAACGAGUGUUUAUAUUCAAAUUGUUCACCGAGAAUACAAAGGUAUUGGAAAAUGUAUUGAAAAAGGAGAGGAAAAGUUCAUUUAAACUUCAGAAUUAG